CAACAUCUUAAUUGAUUUUGAUAGAGACAUGUGGGGCUACGUAUCUUUAGGUUACUUCAAGCAGAUAACUAAGGCUGGUGAGAUUGGGUCCUCGACUAUGCCUCAUAAAGUAAAUCCCAUUGAUUUUGAAAAUAGUGAGGGCAAUCUUGGGAAGGCUAAUGGAGGUCUAUCCCAUUUAAGCAUAAAAUUACCUAUUUCUCGUUGGCGGGACAACUUGCUUGGGAAGUUUACGAGAACAUUAGGAGAGGCUUCUUGUCUGAGAAUUCAGAGAGAUUUUUGUAUGCAUCUUGCUAGGAAAGCUUAUAAAGAAUUGUGCUCCUCUGCUGUUUCUAUUCAGGCUGGCAUGCGUGGAACGGUUGCACGUGAUGAGCAUCACUUCAGAAGGCAGAUUGGUUUUUAUGGAAAGUUUUCAUUGCUGUAUUCUCUUAGACAACUUGACUACAUGAAUUGUGGAUUUGGAUGUAUUAGUAGGAACUCCAACAAUUUCUUUUUACACUAGCUUCUGUUCAACUUAGUUCUUUAAAAUUACCAUACUAUAAGCAUUUAUAAUAAUGUUUU